GUGCAAGAACAGCAGACCAACAUUAGUUCCAAGAAGUAAUUUUGUGCAUUUUUACACUGCACUUUUAAGAUUUCAUGCUCAAAUGCAUGGAGUUGUACUGAGGGCCACUUCAAGUGAGGGUGCGGGCCGUAUGCGGCCCCCGGGCCUUCAGUUGCCCAUCCCUGCUCUAGACCAAUAGGUGGGGCUGAUGCACCUAAACGUUGGUUGCCAACCGCCAUUAAACUGAAGAAGAAGAAAAAGAAGAAAAAGAAGAAGAAGCAGCAGCAGCAGCAGCAGCAGCUACAGCUACAGCUACAGCUACAGCAACAGCAACAGUAGCAACAGUAGCAGAAGAACCAGAAGAACCAGAAGAACCAGAAGAACCACAACCAGAACCAGAACCAGAACAAGAAAAAGCAGAAUAAGACGCAGAACCCUUUCUGAGCAGAAGAAGAGAGAAAGGCUUCACUCAGACUAAAUGGCUUCCAGAUCGGAAAAGGAUCUCUGCUGCCCUGUCUGUCAGGACAUCUUCAGAGAGCCUGUUGUUCUGUCAUGUAGCCACAGCUUCUGUAAAGACUGUCUGAAGAGCUGGUGGAGAGGGAAACAAACACAGAAUUGUCCUCUUUGUAAGAGUCAAUCUUUGUUUGAACCACCUUUAAACCUGGUGUUAAGGAACCUGUGUGAGUCCUUCUUACAGGGGACAGAUAUGGGAGCUACAGAGGCUUUCUGCUGUCUGCAUGCUGAGAAACUCAAACUCUUCUGUUUGGACCAUCAACAACCAGCGUGUCUUAUCUGCAGAGAUUCAGAAGAACACACCAACCACAGAUUCAGACCCAUCAAUGAAGUUACACAACAACACAGGAAGGAACUUCAGGAAGCUCUGGAGCCUUUAAAGGAGAAGUUAGAGGUUCUUGAACAAAUUAAAGUGACAUUUGAUAAAAUGGCAGAACACAUUCAGGUCCAGACCCGAGGCACAGAGACUCGGAUUAAGGAGCAGUUUAAGAAGCUUCAUCAGUUUCUAAAAGAGGAAGAGGAGGCCAGGAUCGCUGCACUGAGGGAGGAAGAGGAGCAGAAGAGUCAGAUGAUGAAGGAGAAGAUGGAGGCUCUGAGCAGAGAGAUAGCAGCUCUUUCAGACACAGUCAGAGCCACAGAGGACGAGCUGAAAGCUGAACACGUCUCAUUCCUGCACAACUACAAGGCUGCAGUGGAAAGAGUCAAACAGCAACCCCUGCUGGAGGAUCCACAGCUGCCCUCAGGAGCUCUGAUAGACGAGGCCAAACACCUGGGCAACCUGACCUUCAACAUCUGGAACAAGUUGAAGGACAUGGUCUCCUACAGUCCUGUGAUUCUGGACCCAAACACUGCUGGUACAGAACUCAUCCUGUCUGCAGAUCUGACCAGUGCAAGGCGAGGCAGGAGACAGGAAGUUCCUGAUAUUCCAGAAAGGGUUAAAAAUAUUUGCUCUGUUCUGGGCUCUGAGGGCUUUACCUCAGGGACUCACAGCUGGGAUGUCGAGUUUGGAGACAGUGAAGCCUGGUUUCUGGGUUUGUUAGCAGAGUCAGCUGAGAGGAAAGGACUCAUACAGUCUGGAUUCCUGGGAAUAGGGCUCAAUCAAGGAUAUUGCUUAGCAUGGUCCUCAGGUUUACCCGCUGAUCCUCUGGAGCUUCUUCUGCCCUCCAAGGUCAGAGCGAAUCUGGACUGGAACAGAGGACAACUGUCAUUCUCAGAUCCUGAUACUAACACACACAUACACACCCUCACACACACUUUCACUGAGAGGAUGUUCCCAAUUAUUUUUAGUAGAAACCUGAAGAUAUUACCACAGAAGUUUUGUGUUACAGUGGAACAGACCAGUUAGAGAUACAUGAUUAUUUUUCUGAUGUUGUGCAUUUCUUUAAGGAAACAGUCACUGGAUUUAGGAUCUGAAGUUUAAUCAGACCUCCUGCUGUCUCAGUAUUACAAAGAAAUGUUUGUUCAUGUUGUCAGCUUAAAAAAAUUAAAUCAGUUUGUAAAAGUGUUUUUUAUUCAGUUUUAAUUCUGCCGUCCGUCACUCUGUCAGAGGAGGAUUUAUAUAAUAUGGAAGUCUCUGUUUGGGUUCAGACUUUUUUGGUUGGUGAUUUAAUGCUUUAAAUAUUUUCUGCUGUUUGACCAUGAAACAGAUAAAGAUCAGAGAAUAAGUUACUCUACGUUCUAGAGGUUGACACUAGAAAUUUGCAAUAAAAACAAAAUGGUCAGCCAUAAAUGGAGACAAAAAAAAUUCAUUUCAACAGACUGGUGUAUCAUUACACCUCUAGAGUAUAUUGAAUACAUUUACCCCUGCACCACAUAUCUGGAACAAACUCAGAGAAAACUGCAGGUCUGCAGGUCAACUCUCAAGUCUUUUAAAUCAAGACUAAAGACUUAUUUGCAGCUACCUUUCAGUUAUAUUUCACUGUAAUUUCUAUUCCUUUUAGUAUUUGAUGUUUUUUUCUGUUUUAUUUGCUUGUUUUCGUUCUUAAAGUUUUAUAUUUGAAUGUAAUUUUAUUGAUUACACCUUCUUUACAAUAAAUUAAUUUGCUCGUACCUAGGCAGUGUAUUCUGAUGUUUGAUAAUAAAGAAAACUAAAA